CUGGCGGCUGGCUCUGGAGAUGAAGUGUGACUGAGGAUCUGACGACUUCACGCAUGUUGGCUUUGUGUUGAAGAUACGGAAGAUAAAAAUUCUUAUUUAGAUAAAUACAUUAAGCUUAUUUUGUUCAGUACGACGCACAUAAAGCGAAGAAAACAUACUUCCGCUUUAUUACUGGAUAAAGAGGAUCCUGUUCUAUCUGGAAAUCUUCCCAUCAGUCUGUAAACAACCGAUCAUGUACAGGCUGCAGUCUCUGUCCCAUCGGGCACUGGUAGCAGGAGCUCUGGAUCAGUGUGCCAGUGUGGGCAGCAGCGGUGGUGCUAAAUGGCCUGGUCCGGGGAGAAAGAGCGGGCUGAGGUGGCAGAGUACCGCCGAGGCUACUGCAGCAUCAGCAGUUCUGGAGAAGGAGAAGCUGAGAGAGAAGACCCUGACCAUGGAGAACCUGAACCCGCAGGUGAAAGCUGUAGAGUACGCUGUGAGAGGACCUAUUGUGAUCAAGGCUGCUGAGAUCGAGAAAUACCUCCAGCAGGGGGGUAAGAAGCCCUUCACUGAGGUGAUUAAAGCCAACAUCGGAGAUGCUCAUGCCAUGGGACAACAGCCAAUUACAUUCCUCAGACAGGUGGUGGCUCUGUGCACUUACCCCGAGCUCAUGGACAGCCCAAGUUUUCCCGAGGACGCAAAGUGGAGAGCACGGCGCAUUUUGCAAGGCUGCGGGGGACAAAGCAUCGGAUCGUACAGUGGCAGUGAGGGGGUGAACUGUAUCCGGCAAGACAUCGCUGGUUACAUCCAGCAGAGAGAUCAGGGAGUGCCGUCCAACCCAGACAACAUCUUCCUCACCACCGGUGCCAGUGAUGGCAUUAUGAACAUCCUGAAGCUGCUGGUGUCCGGCGAGGGCCGAAGUCGGACCGGUGUGAUGAUCCCUAUUCCCCAGUACCCGCUUUACUCGGCAGCCAUCUCGGAGCUGGAUGCCGUACAGAUCAACUACUACCUGGACGAGGAUAACUGCUGGGCGCUGGACGUUAACGAGCUACAAAGAGCGUACCAGGCUGCCAAGGGGCACUGCCGACCUCGAGUCAUCUGCAUCAUUAAUCCCGGAAACCCUACUGGUCAGGUUCAGAGUAAGAAGUGUAUCGAGGACGUGCUGCACUUUGCCUACGAGGAGAACCUCUUUGUUAUGGCUGAUGAGGUAUACCAGGAGAACGUGUACGCCCCAGACUGCCAGUUCCAUUCGUUUAAGAAGGUGCUGUACGAGAUGGGACCCGAGUACUACAACAAUGUGGAACUGGCCUCCUUUCACUCCACCUCCAAAGGUUACACUGGAGAAUGUGGAUUCAGAGGUGGCUACAUGGAGGUGGUUAACCUGGAUCCAGAAGUCAAGGCCCAGCUGAUAAAGCUGCUCUCGGUGAGACUGUGCCCUGCUGUGGCUGGUCAGGCCGCCAUGGAUGUGGUUGUGAAUCCUCCUCUACCGGACGAGCCCUCUUACACUCAGUUCCACAAGGAAAAGGCAGCAGUGCUGGGAGAUUUGGCACAGAGGGCAAAGUUAACAGAACAGAUCCUCAACGCUGUACCCGGGAUCAAGUGUAACCCCGUACAGGGCGCCAUGUACGCUUUCCCACAGAUUUUCAUUCCUCCCAAAGCGGUGGAGGAGGCCAAGACUUUGGGGAUGCAGCCAGACAUGAUGUACUGUCUGCGCUUGCUGGAGGAGACUGGCAUCUGUGUGGUACCCGGCAGCGGCUUUGGGCAGAGAGAGGGCACCUACCACUUCAGAAUGACCAUCCUACCAUCUCCUGAAAAGCUGAAGGUGCUGCUGGAGAAAGUAAAGGAUUUUCACGUCAGGUUUCUCAAGAAGUACUCGGAUGUUUAAGCUGCAAUCUAAAACCAGGAUGCUCCACCAACGAUGCUUAACACACUAACCAGACAUAGUACUAGUACUGUAGUGUUAAGCACCUUUUCUACCUUUUCUGCUCUUUUUUUCAUUGCGACUAUUUGUGCCUUUGUGCCCCAGGGGUAUAAAGGAACGGGAUCGAUAUCAGUAGGGUUUGAAUGAUUAAACAGUAAAGCAUAAAUGUUUAACCGACCCUUUUUAUGGGGUGUGAUAAGAGCUGCUCAUUUUCUCUGUAUUUUACAGAAAAGCUAUUUUGUGCUCCACCUGUCCUACGAAAAAGAAGAACGGUUAUUUAGUAAAUAAAGCAUAUCCUCCGAAGGUGGACUAACUGUGAAGAAUAUAUGGUGAUUGGACGCUCCUAAGCACUAAAUAGUUAGAUAAAUGAAUCAGUGAUGGGUAAUGUGGGCUUAGAACGUUUAGUUUCACGAGCAUAUGUGUAAACCAGGGGGUUUAAACUUCAGUUCACAAAACAUUUGAUGCAGAGAACGUGCGCACAAUGUCAUAUUUAAGUUUUGUAGCAUCAUUAUCCUAGUUUUAUAACGAUUGCACUAAUUUAGCUCGACAUUUAAGUUUGCACUGGUAAUCAUAAUGCGGUACUAAUAUUCAAUAUUAAAUAAGGUCGUAACGUUUUGGAGCUGCUUUAUCUCCUUAUGCACGGCCACAGUGAAACAUUAAAUAAUAAAUAAAACAUGUUACUGUCCCAUAUAUUAUGUUACAGCGCAUUUACUGUAUAUCUAUAUAUUUAAACGUGUCCUGAUGCACUGAAGUCUGAGAAGCAACAGUCUAUGAUAUCAUGAGAAACGUUCUCAGACUUAUUGCACUCCCGGUAUUUAAUAAUUUUGGCAUCAUUUCAUUAAGAGAAGUUAAUGUUUGUGUGGUUACACAACAAAACCAACCAGUGCAACAGAAAAAGAUGUGAUUAAUGUUAUUUUUAUUCAUAAGCAUUACCAUAUGGGGCUCAUAAACCAGGGCAACAUGCUUCAUCAUGAAAUAAAUAAAGUAUAAAUAUUUCAUAUUAACCGAUUACAUGCUCAUAUUUCUGUAUGUUCUAUUAGCCGAAACUUUUAUGAGAAUAUUUGCACUCCCCGGGACAUGUUUAUGCAACAUUAUCUGAGUUACGCACAAUUAGAUUGUUUUAAUGUGAAUUUAAAAGCCUUUCAUGAUUAUGAUACAUUUUCUAAGUGCCAUUUAAUGUCUUGCGUGCCAUAUAUAGUUCCUGUUUCUGUUACAGUUGAUCAGGGAGCAUCUCUGCUAUAUAUCUAUUUUUGUUGACUGUCUUUACCUUUUGGUUUUGUCUUUAUUAUGUUUACUGUUACUGCACUCAUCUGUUCAUCUACAAAUCAGUUUCAACAAAGUCUGAGCAGAAUAAACACGUUAAUAAGAGAAAAAAAAGUGCAAUUAGUCUAGCACAUGCACUCCGAUAAUGCAGCAUUUGUUGCUGAUAUGAGGCAGAAAUGGUGCCCUCACAAAUGUGCAGCCAUUGAUUUAACAAUAAUUCAUAAUUAAAAAGAACAAAGCUAAUUGUGUAUUUUUGUACUGUUUUGAUUUAAAUAUGAUUCAAGGUGGAUUUAGAAAUCUGUUCAUAUUUUUUAUUUCACACACUGUCCUGACUUUUUUUGGAACUGUGGUUUGUAUUUAGAUUUGUACUGAUGUAUGUUUUUGAUUAUUAAAGUUUGCAUUUGCUUAGAGUUUGCAAAUAAUGCAUAUUAUGACAUUUAACCGGUUUACCAGCGUGAUGAGAUCUUAUCUUGAGCUGACGUGUUGAUGAUACACUGGUUUAUCAUAUUAACUGUCAUGUUGUGUCUUUUUUCAAUAUCAUGCAUUAAAAGAGGAUUCCUUAUUCAGUGAACUGUGUACAAAUGCUGACUAGCUAGAAACUUCAGGUUAGUGGCAAAGUUAAAUGUGCCCAUGAGAAUACUAUUUGUCAUAAAAUUCACAUUUUUGUAAAACUGGUUUCAAUCCCUACCUCUGGUCGCUGUCUGUAAAGACUUUCACAUGUUCUCCCACUGUUCACAUGGGCGUCCUUGGAGGUUUCAACCUAGGACCAUACAAAAGAAAAAUUGGCUGCAGUAAAAGGCGACUGUCCCACCAUGGGCCUAGUGUUUCUGGGUGGCACCAGACCCAUCACAGCACUGAUCAAAUUAACAAAUUGUGUAACUGAUCAUUGGCACACGCCUCUGUUUAAAAGUCUCUUCACUCCAGUAAGAUGCCUUUAAUUGUCAAUAGAUUUCAAAUUUAUCAAGCAAACUGCGUUUAAAGAUGUGAUGUACUGUUUCAUCCACUGUCCUUCGUCUGGUCACUUUGCCUUUGCUUUGCUUUUUACAUGUAAUAAGUACUAAAAGACUAAUUUUACUAAUCUGAUGUAAAUAACGAAUGUCUGAAUGCCAAAAUAAAGCUGUCAAUAAAGCUAAGACUGUUAAAUCACCUAUUUGUUGGUCUAUAAUUUGCCACAGUACAAAGACGUGACUGUGUUUGACAAUAAAAAACUUGAACUGAUGAAUCUUGUGUAAGCAGUAACUACCUGUCCUGUCAUGAAUGUAACCAAAGUGUGUAAA